AUGCAGGAACCAGACGCCGGGAAACGGGCAAGGGCCUCGGGUAUCAGGGAGUCACCCGAGGAACCCACCGAACUCCCGCAGCCACUAACCUACUCCAUCCAGCAGAACCGAAACCGUAUCUGUGCACGGGACACGGUAGAGGGGCGCCCUCUCACCGUUACCUUGGAUACGGGAGCCUCGCAUAGCUUCAUAAGCGAACGCCUGGCAAAGGAACUCGGCGGGGGAAGGAAUCGCCGCGCUGUGCGGACCAAAGUAAAGCUAGCCGACGGAACCGGCCGGGAGCUCACACAGACCUUGCGAACCACGAUCCAGCUGGGCGAAGCUCGGGUCAGCGUCUCCGCUCUCAUCAUGGCGUACGUGCUGGACGACCAUCGGUUACAGACGCAUCCACCAGCCGCCGCACAGGUGAUCCAUCACCCGCCUCACAGGCGCAUCCAUCGACGUAUCCACAAGCCUCCUCACAGGCGCAUUCACAAGCCGCCUCACAGGCGCACCCAUCGGUCACAGACGCAUCCACCAGCCGCCGCACAGGCGCAUCCAUCACCCGCCUUACAGGCGCAUCCAUCGGUCACCUCACAGACGUAUCCACAAGCCUCCUCACAGGCGCAUCCACAAGCCGCCUCACAGGCGCACCCAUCGGACACCUCACAGACGUAUCCACCAGCCGCCGCACAGGCGCAUUCAUCACCCGCCUCACGGGCGCAUCCACAGGCCGCCUCACAGGCGCAUCCAUCGGUCACCUCACAGACGCAUCCACCAGCAGCCGCACUGGCGCAUCCAUCGCCCGCCUCACAGGCGCAUCCAUCACACGCCUCACAGGAGCAUCCAUCGGUCACCUCACAGACGCAUCCACCAGCCGCCACACAGGCGUAUCCAUCACCCGCCUCACAGGCGCAUCCAUCGGUCACCUCACAGUCGUAUCCACAAGCCUCCUCACAGGCGCAUUCACAAGCCGCCUCACAGGAGAACCCAUCGGUUACAGACGCAUCCAACAGCCGCCGCACAGAUGCAUCCACAAGCCGCCUCACAGGCGCAUCCACAAGCCGCCUUACAGGCGCAGCCAUCGGUCACCUCACAGAUGAUGCACCAGCCGCAGCACAGGCGCAUUCAUCACCCGCCUCACGGGCGCAUCCACAGUCCACCUCACAGGCGCAUCCAUCGGUCGCCUAA